AAGAAAACACCAGCGGAAUUAGAGAACCUGGACCGAGAACACACCAAACUACAACAAAAACACGACGCCGCCAAGGCACGCAACAAGGUGCUGACCUGUGAAUUGAAGGGGCUCACUAUUUAUAAAGUCUUGUGACAUUUCUUCCAGAGAGAGCAACAACAGCUUAAAAGUCAGGCUGCUAGAAGAAAGGCAACCACCCCACCGCCACCCCCUAGGGGAACGUCACAGAACAAGGCGCAGAUGGAACAUCUAAAACAAGUGUGCCAAGAAAGGGACCUACGAAUACAGCAGUUGGAGAAAGAACUGGGUCACGCCAGGCUUGAACUUAAAAACACUACAGAAAAAUACAAAGAAUUAUCUGAGCGCGAGACUAAAUCUGUGGCUUGCUGCACUGAAGAUUUAACAACGAACGAGGAAAGAGUAGAACAGAAUGGACCUAGUUACGGUUGUGCUGGUGUUAAUACUCAAGGUGCAAGAACUGUCCCAGGUUACGGUUUUGUUAAUAGUUCUGUAGAAGGUCCAUUGCUUAAGGGACCUUACCCACAGGGUGCUGAGGACUUAGGGGCUCAAAACAAUGGUUUCAUACCGUCAAGGAAAUAUGUGCCCCCUGAGGGAUCAAGUAGAAACCAAAUUGGAUCCGUGCCAGGUAGUCCGGCCAGGCGGCAUGUGAUGUCCACGGGAAGUGUGCAAGGUACAUCGGGGAAGGGAUCUGCACAGGAAUACCAGCUCCCCCCUACACCACCCAGUGGUGGACGUGGAAGCAGAGGUCGCAGGAAUAGUGCAGGAGGCAGGUACGUAUGAAUGUUAUUCCUCGUGGUGGAGAAUUUGCGAAAAGAAAAUCGAGGGUGUAUAUAGUGAAUGUGACCGACUAAUCCCUCCUUCCUUUUCCCACUUUCUUGCUCCCGUUUGACGCCUGCCACUCUGGCUAAACAAGAGAAGACUUGCCUGCGUUGCAGCCCGACCUUUCACUAGUCCGAGACCUAGAUAGAGAAACCGAUAAAGUCUAUAUUGGCCGCAUUGCGGACAGAAGUCGAUAUAAAUUUGGAGGCAAACUGGCUUUGUCUAUGCGAUUUGGUACAUUUUUAUGACGAAAGCAAAACAAGAUAAGAUGAAAUGUUUGUUUUAACUUUACUCUUUUAAUUUUUAAUCUAAAUCAUAGAGAAAUCUGGUGACCAAAGUGGCGACUAAACCAGAACGUUUACUCGCCAAGGAGAAAAUGUUAGUGGUAUUGGCGACCGUAUCAGUCGCAAUCUCGUGCCCUGUUGGGGAUUCAGACUGUCUGCGACGCAGGCUACAAAAGGGAGAAGUGUUCAGAAAAAGCUUGGUUCUUUUUAGUACUUAUACUAAAUAACACAAAGUAUUUAGUUCAAGCCAAUGACCAGCACGCCCGCCCUCCGAACCUUUAACUAUCUAGGUUAACUAUCUAAACGUGGCACGAACGAGAUCACGUAGUCAUCUAGGUACGGAACUCGCGCCGGUACCAAGCGCGAGUUUUCGCCUUAAAGCACGCCCCCGCAGACGUUUGUAUGAUGGGGGAAACGAAUUUGCCCCCCUCCACCAUCCCGUGUCCUUUACAAACGGCUCUGUAUUGUGGAAAUUUAGCGAAUUUGCUGAACCAUACCUUAUUUAGUUUGACAUUCCACUAUUUCUAUAUAUCACUAUUAAUCUUGGCAACUUCACUGAUUGUAAGAGGCUCUCUUCAGGAGUGUCGAUGUUUUUUCGCUGAAAAAAAUAAAAAAACAAAAACAAAAACAGACUAAUGGAAGACCUCUGCUAAAACAGACGUAACCAGGCUAUCAAGAUACACGGCUUUAGUGUAAAACCAUGGACUGGUUUUUUGUUGUUUUCAUUUGUUUACAGAGACGAAGUUCAGUUGUUAAGAUCCCAAGUACAGGAGAGUAAGUCUCUAUGCCAGGCAGCUGAAUUUGAGAGAGAUCGGCUGUUAGAACUAGUGUCGCUUCUGCAGAAAAGGUAAGGUCUCUAUGGUAAAUUAUCUGGAACGCUGGUGUUUGUGUAUUUGUUUGGAGCCAACAAUGAUAUUAACAGGUUGUCUUUUGGGGAAAUGGGCGAGACAGCUACGUUUUAAUGGUCAGUUUAGGUUCUGCUUGAGAGUGCAUGGGUGUUGUGUCGAAUUUCACAAUGAGCUACAAUGGGAGUGUUUUGGUGAUGCAAUCGUUUCCUUCGUUGGUUUGUGCGAAGUUGGAUAGGAAAACUGAGGCCAAGUUCCUCCCCUAAAUCACUUCCAUGGCGCAAUUCGAUAGAACACCGACAUAGUCUCAAGCGCAGUCUCAGAAUAAACUCCUGCCGCCGCCGUAUUGGAAAACCAGAGGACUUUGAGGAAGAGGUUGACCCAGUCAACCAAGCUGAACUUGAAAGAAUUAGUCAUUCACCAUUCCAGAUACUAUAUCAGACAUGGGUACAAGCUUUCGGCUCAACAGUUAACAAGCGUUGGUUAUGAUUGGUUAAUGGUUGCCUUCAAUACCAUCGACCAAUCAUAACUAACGCUUUUCCACCCAAAUGAUCCCAAAAAUCGUUGCGCCUAAAGCCUUUACCCAUUCCUCUUACGGUGUGUGAAGUGGGGAACUCAUCACGUUUUGAUCAGUUAUCACCUUUGAUCUGCAAAGAGGAAAAAAAAGCGGCGAGAGAGCUUUAGAUUCGAGGACGACUACGAGUACGAGAUUUUCUCGAUACUUAGUACUGCUCUCACGCGUCAACCAUCUUUAUUUUGGCUGGAAAACAUGAUAGCCGUGGUCAGACAGGGCUUAACCUCCUUCACUAUAAAUAACCCUAUUAACUUUUUUGAUAAAAAAAAAGGUUAAAUGAAGCUUUCUGGGGUGUCUUUUUUAAGACCACGUACAAAACCUUUAAGUUAAAUCUCGUACUCGUUUUCGUCCUCUAAUCUAAAGAAUGCCAGGUCGUGGGCUCGAUCCACGGGAGCAGGCCCAUUUUCACGGUCUUAAAAUGACUAGGGAAGAAGCUUCCACCUUUACCCACGUAAGAUUUCACCUCCUAACUUGCUUUCCGUACGAUUUUAUUCCGUAGAGUUGAUGAGGCUAAAAACAUGGAGAUGGAAGCAAGCAACAAGUGGCAGCAAGAAAGACGUCAAGUGGCUCACUUGGAGAAACAGCUGAGUAAAUUGCAGUCAGGACAGGGCGUGGUCAAGGGGAAAGGGAAGGGGUACGAAACAGGAGGUACAGUACAAGAGCGACAAGCAAAGAUGGAAGACUUGGAAGAGCUGUCAACCAGGUAAACAGAAGUGAAACCUGUAAUAACUUCUAUUCAAGACUUGUAAGUCUAUUUUUUUUGGUCACGCGAGCUUUUAAAGCAAGAAUUGGGUGCAGUGAAGUGGCACCAACACGAGAAAAAAACUCGACACCGUCGGCACUUUUUUCAUUUCUAUCAUAGUCGUCCGUCUCUUUGCGCCAGGGAAUAUGCCAUUGUUAAAUUCUGUUCUUUUUUGUCACAAGUUAUCUUUGGUCUUUAAAAGCAGUGUUAUGAGAAACAGAUUCCAGUGUCUCCUUCAGUGAGGGAUAGUUCUUCGUUUUCAGCGAAAUAUCUUUGUCAUUGACUACGUAGCAAGCGGAAGUUGGGACGUGAGCACAAAAAAAAAAAAGGAAGAGGAGGGGGGGACUUAACCAUAACGUUUUCUCCCCUCCCCCUUUAUUCCUCUUUAUUUGCUCUCGUCCUAACUUUCUCAACGAACCCGCUCGGAAACGCUUGCUACUCAGGCUAUCGUUAUCAGAGACCUCUACACCAAUAAUAAAAGUAUCCUAAUAAAAUUUAGAUCUGUUAAAUGCAGAUCUGUCCUUCUCAAAUCUUCGAUAGAACUGUACCCUAUCCGUAUGUGUGUAUUCUGCCUACAGGCAGGUCCUUCCUUAUAGUUCUCGACCUAAGGCGCGCCUUUUGACCGCUACGUAAGGGCUGCCAUCCCUUACUCUAUCCAGCAUUCCCGCUCGAGGUCUUCCAGGUGGUCUCUUUUCUAUUAUUCUGCCCUCAGUUACUAAUGGGACAAGAUCGCCAUGCCGUAGGGUAUGACCAAGCCAGACUCUUUGUCUUCUGUUGAUAACAGAUAAGAUGGCCCUCUCUUCACCGUCACGCCUCAAUACUUCUUCGUUACAGACGUUGCCAGACCAAGUAAUAUUUAAGACCUUUCCCCAAAACCACAUCUCACAGCUCUCCAGCCUUCGCUCAUCAAAUAUAAAAUGCAAUCUCAGAGACUAACCUCUUUUCAUUUUCUUCAUAAAUAAAUAAUACGUUUUCUAAUAUCUUUACCAGACUCGCCAUUCAAACAGACGAAAACGACGCACUAAAGGAAGUUCUUAACUCCACUUUGAAAGCGAAAGAAGAAGACUUGAAAUUUUACCAGGAGAUGAUGGAUCAAACUAAAAAGAUUUUUCUUCAAGGCCUCAGACAGUUUAGACAGAACUCAGCACCCAGCUAG